AUGAAGGACUACGACCUCCUCCGCGAUGAGAGGCUCGAGUUCACGGAGCGUUGCUUCGACUUCGCCCUCGCGACCGAGCUCAAUCGCCUCGGUAAAGGCGACAAGGUGGCGCUGAUUAACGCCGAACGGCUUCGCGCCUCCAGGACGGCGACGAAGCCGGACUAUUCGCCUUACUUCGCGGCCUUCGACUUCGAAAUCGUGGCCGUCCCCUUCUUGACCGCGGGCGGACCCCUUCCCGGCAGGCACUGCAGCGUCCUGCUUCUUGUGCGCCCUGGCGACCUGCUUUUGCCCGACGAGGAGGAGCCCGGGACCUUCUGCCGCCACCUCGACCCCAAGACUUCCUCCAAGCUGCACGAGAAGGAGGCGGCCAGCUUUUUGAGACGGGAGGCGUCGUCCGUGGGUCGUGGCGUGGGAACCGGCAUCGCUCUGGGUGGGGAGGCCGAGGAGGCUGCGGCGGGGUCGCACUCGGUCGGGCACGGGUUCAAAGAUGGCGGCGAAGAGGAGCAAGAGGAGGAGGAGGACGAGGAGAGUGAGGACGCCGACGAGGAGGCAGUGCAGUUCGCCGGUGAGAAGGUUGCGGAUAAGAGCGGUGCGAAGGUUGCGGAUAAGAGCGGUGGAAGCAGACCCAAGUCGGGCAAGAAGGCGCGGGGGAGCGGUGGCUCGACCACGACCCGGAUGGCGUCAAAGGCGGUCAUGGAGCGUCUGAAGGCGGCGGAGCGGGAGAACAAGAGGCUGAGGGAGGAGAAGCUGGUGGCGGAGAAGAGGCUGGAGAACCAGAUGGUGCGGAUGGACACGCUCCACUCCUCGGUUUCGGCGGCGGUCCACAAGCUGGGGGCGGUCGCCGACCGCGUGACCGCUCACGAGCAGACGUCGGGGGCGAGCCUCGAAGGGGCGGUGGAGGCUAUGAAGGCGGUCGUGGAGGAGGCGUGCAGAAACCGCAACUCCAUCAUAGAGCACAUAAACGACAAGUGGCUGCCCACCGUAAAUGCCUUGAACCUGGCAACCGGUGCCUUGAACAAUAGGCGACAUGAAGACGACGUCCUGUUGCUGCGAGGGGUGGCAGAUGCGCUGGGAGUGAAGAUCAAGACGGUCGUGUCUGCCGAGGUCAAGGCCGUCAUGCAGAGCGAGGCGAAGGCGAUCGCCGCGGCCGUGAGUGCGAAAGUCGCCGAAGAGCUUAGGGAGGUCGUGGUGAAGGCGGUCACCUCCGUGACCCAACAGGGGCUUGGAGCCGCCGGGUUUAGCCUCCUCCCAAAUGCUCUCGCGUCGGCGAUGCACGGCGGUCGCUCAACCGCCGAGGAGCAUGGGCCGCCGCCAAGGCACGCCGGGAAAAGGGUCGCCGACGAAAAAUCCCUGACCGGCGAGCAGACCAGCGGCAUUAAGCGAAGCAGAGGACCAGCGGCGAAGCGCGGUUCGGCCGUGGAACCUCCUGCCGCCCCAUAUGUUCGUAUUCCCGGCGUCAACGACUUGCUGAAAGAGGGUCUUGCCCGUGGGGACCAGCAGAGUUUGGCCGUGACCACUCCGCCGAGCGUACACGACACGCUACCGAGCGGCGACCAGACGCAUCUGGUGGGCGGUGUCGUGGGAGGGGCAUCCGUGGUCGGGAUGCCGGGCGGGCAGCCACUGCCCGAGGCCAGUCCGGCGAAUGCACAUGGCGCUCCACCGAGCGGCGGCACGACGCAGAUGGCCGGGGAGCUCCUGCACAUAGCAGCGGUGGAAGGCCAGCAGGGCGGGCAGGCCGUUGCGCGCCAGCAUGUUCAACCCUCGACGGGUACGGCGACUGCGAGACCGACCGGCGACACAGUGCAGCUGGCUCUGGCGCCCGCAGCGGUGGUCGGCCAGCAGGGAGGGCAGGCCGCUGCGGGCCAGCAUCCUCACCCCUCGACGAGCACGGCGACGGCUCAAGACGAGCGACCGGGUGCCCGGCUGGCCGACGACCUCCUGCGGUCCGCCGCGGUUGUACGCCUGCAGGGAGGGCAGUCCGCUGCAGGCCCGCAUCCUCACCCCUCGACGAGCUCGGCGACGGGUCAAGACGCCCGACCGGGUGCCGGGCUGGCCGACGACCUCCUGCGGUCCGCCGCGGUUGUACGCAAGCAGGGAGGGCCGUCCGCUGCGGGCCAGCAUCCUCCCCCCUCGACGAGCACGGCGACUGCUCCAGACGCGCGACCUGGUGCGGUCAGGGCGCAGCUGGCCGACGACCUCCUGCGGUUGGCGGCGGUGGUCGGCCAGCAGGGAGGGCAGCCCGCUGCGGGCCAGCAUCCUCACCCCUCGACGAGUCCGGCGGGUAGCGCGCGCCCGGGUGGCACGGCGGCUCUGCUGGCCGACGAGCCUUUCCGCCCCGUGCAGCGAGCCACAGGAGUCCCACCCAGCGGCGUGGUCGAGGCUGCCACACCGAUGAUUGUGUCGGCGUCGGCACCAGCGCCUCACCGAGCGGGUACUGCCCACGGGACGCCCGGCGGAGUUGAGACGAAUGUGUCGCUGCCGAACCCGCCUCCGCCCACCACGGUGACUGACACUGCGGCCAGCUUACCCGGUCAGAAGGCCGGUAUGGUCGGCGUGGAAGCGAUACCCGCGCCCGCGGCUUCACCAGCGGUCGAGGCUCUAAUCAACAGGAAGGGAACGUGGGAGGAGUAUCUGAAAUGGCUCGAGGAUCAGAGUGGCCCAGAAGUUCCUCCGUCGGCGGCUAGGAACCAGGCGGUCGACCCAGGAGCAGAGACAGGGAACGCCACGGCAGCGACUGCAGGGGCGAGCGUCACCACAACGGAGGAGGCGGCUCUUUGGGGACUGAUGGAAGAGGCCGGCGGGGUGGACCCCGCAAUCCCCGCCUCUAUCGUGAUGCUGGACCCUGAGGUCGAGGCCCUUAAGGAUAAAGUGGAAGAAGCAGCCCCGACUGCGGAAGCGCAAAGGGAUACACCGGCCGCCUCGUCCGCACCUACGGUGGGCCCCAGCGCGACUGGCGCCAAAUCCCCCCCGGCCAAAACCGGUGAGGUCGGCGACGGGAAGCAUAAGUGCAAGGGCAAGGGCAAGGCCGGGACGGCUAAAGCGGCCACGUCGGAGACGAAGGGUCGGAAGGGUUCAGGCGUCCGAGUUGACGAAAAGACGGGGCUGGCCACGUCGGAGAUGAAGUUUGGCAAGAAGAGCCGUUACGUCUGCCGGUCGAACGACAAGACCGAGGCAGCCUACUGCAUCGCCGUCGCCGUUUCAUCGUUCGACGGCUACGUGAGCGAGGUCAUUCUCGCCGAGUUCGCUGGGGUCGAGGCGAAAGUGAUGGAGCGGUAUAAGGCGGACUGGGAGGUGGCGCGCUUGAUUCCGUGCGGCAUGUGGAUGAUCAUGUGGAGCCGUGGCGCAAACGUCUUCCGCGACAGGUUCCAAGAGGUCGUCAACAAGUACAACAGGAUAACCAAGGAGGGCCGCGCAGCUCUUGGUCCGGCGCUGUGGUUCCUCGACCUGCCGGAGUCGACCGAUCCCGAGAAGGCCGCCAAGAACAAGAUGGCGAGCGACAUGAUCGCGCGCGCGGCGAUGUGUGCCGCCUACGCACCUGUGGUCGCGAAAGUCUCGCCCAUCCCGGGCGUCACGUCGGAGCGGUUGUCGGCCAUCCUCGCCGGGACUGCGUGCGCGGUGUGGUGCUUUUCGGAGACCAAUGCCACGCCGGAACAAGCGGCAGGCGAAGGGGGGGCAGCAGCCACCGUCCGCGGAGCGUCCGCUGCGUUCGCGAGUCAGUGCAAGAGCGUCAUCGAGGCGGUGCUUCAGCAGGCGUCCGCUCGGGAGGUCGGCGAAGAGGAGGUCGCCGAAACGGUGACGAAGGACCUGCAGGCGGCUGUGGUGAGGUCGCUGCCUGAGGGCGGAGAGGAGCGCGAGCACGACGAGCUUAUCGCCCGUGUCAUGAUCGAGAACCUCGCCUUCUGGGGGGAGUGCUAUGUCGGAGGCCCGAAGCUCAGGGCUCGCGGCGUCGCCUUGCCUGUCGACCCCGCAAUGAGGAUUAUCGUUCGGGACAGGGGGGCGAGGGGCCAGCACAAAGGGAAGCAGGUCGUGGACGCAUAG